GGCGGAGCCACCUUAGUGGUCUGGUGCACAUCCAUCGCUUAUCCUCUGCCUCAUAAAGCCUAUCCUCUGACUGGAAAGCUCAGUUAAAUACUAAACUAAAAUUUAAAAAAUCAGAAGAUGUCACUUUAUUCGAAAUCUAAAAAAAGAUUCUAACAUACCAUGAUGUUGAAGUACUUCGAUAAUUUCCUCAGAUCAUUUCUUUCACUAUUUUGUAUAAUUAUCUUCUUUUUCAGCCUGAUUGAUGGCCAAGAUAAUUCUUCUCCUCCUGCAUUUUUUUGCCCAAACACAACUUCGUAUGGUCCCAACUCCCAACAGCACUUACAGCUCUAAUCUCAAAGCCCUUUUAUCAUCUUUGUCCUUGAAUUCUUCGAGGCCUAACGGAUUUUACAACUCCAUGGAAGGCACGGGAUCCGAUAUAGCUUAUGGCCUAUUUUUAUGCAGGGGAGACGUUUCCCGUAACGAUCGUCAAAAUUGCGUGUCAACAGCUAUUAAAGAAAUAACCACGGAAAAUUAUUGUCCGAAAGGAAAAAUUGUUGUCCUUUGGAUCGACCAAUGCCUGGUACGUUACUCAAGUGAAUCUUUAUUUGGUACCGUGACGAGAUAUACUUUUGUGAAUACACAGAGUGUUAGUGAACCACAGAAGUUGUUGUCGCUACUCGGAAAUGUGAUGGAUGAAUUAGCAACUCUGGCUGCAAAUGGAAAUAAUCGUUCAGGGAAAAAAUUUGCUACUAAAGAAGCGAAUUUUUCGUCAUUUGAGAGACUUUAUACAUUUGCACAAUGCAUACCUGAUAUCUCUAACUCUUCUUGUGAAAAUUGCCUGAGAACUGCUAUUCUGAAUUUGCCGAACAGUGGCGCUAGAGGAAGUAGAGUUUUGCUACCGAGUUGUACCAUUAGGUAUGAGUUGUAUCCUUUUUACAACGUUAGUGCAUUCGCGCCACCAUCUGCACCACCAGUUCGCGGUUCUCCUCCAUCUUCUUCGCCCGGUUCUACAGGCGAUAGAGGAAAAGGGAGAAUUUCAUCUGGUGUUAUUGCUGCCAUAAUUGUUCCAAUUGUUGUUUCAAUUCUACUCUUCAUUUUUCGUUUCUGUUGGCUAAGAAGUAGAGCUUCACGAGAAUUCAAUGUUGUAGAAGAUACGACGGAUGCAGAUGAAAUUUCGACUGCUGAAUCCUUGCAAUAUCACUUGAACACUAUUCGAGCUGCCACGACUAACUUCUCAACCGACAACAAAAUUGGUGAAGGUGGAUUUGGUGUAGUCUACAAGGGUAAACUUCCUAAUGGACAAGAGAUAGCUGUGAAGAGGCUAUCAAGAAGCUCAGGGCAAGGUGUAGAAGAAUUUAAGAAUGAGAUUGUACUGAUCGCCAAGCUUCAACACAGAAAUUUAGUGAGACUAUUGGGAUACUGCUUUGGAGGAGAGGAAAUGAUACUUGUCUAUGAAUUUGUCCCCAACAAAAGCCUCGACUAUUUCUUAUUUGAUCCUGAAAAGCAGCAGCGACUAGAUUGGUCAAAACGUUACAAGAUUAUUGGAGGGAUUGCGCGUGGACUACUUUACCUUCACGAGGAUUCUCGCCUCAGAAUUAUACACCGCGAUCUCAAAGCAAGUAAUAUACUCUUAGAUGCACAAAUGAACCCCAAAAUAUCAGAUUUUGGAAUGGCAAGAAUAUUUGGAAUUGAUCAAAAUGAAGAAAUAACAAACAGGAUUGUUGGGACAUACGGUUACAUGUCACCGGAGUAUGCUAUGCAUGGACAAUACUCUGCUAAAUCUGAUGUUUUCAGCUUUGGUGUUAUGCUUUUGGAGAUCAUCAGUGGAAAGAAGAAUAGUUCAUUUUACCACCAAUCAGAUGGUGCUGAAGACCUUCUUAGCUAUGUUUGGAAGAAUUGGAGGGACGGCACGCCAUUGAACAUAAUGGAUCCAACUGUGGAGAGGCAUACUCUAGUAAUGCAGUUGAUACAUUGCAUACAUAUCGGAUUGUUAUGUGUUCAAGAAGAUGUUAAUGAAAGACCUACAAUGGCAUCUGUGGUGCUCAUGCUUAGUAGUGACUCUGUCACCAUGCAAGCGUGUAACAUGCGAGCACCUCAGCAACCUGCAUUAUUUUUUCGUGGUCGAUCAGAGAUGAUACCAAAAAGGCUAGAGUCAGAUCAAUCUACUAGCAAGUCAAUUCCAUUGUCCAUGAAUGAAGUAUCCAUUACAGAAUUGGAGCCAAGAUAGAUACAAUGAUGAAGUUUAAGUUUACCAUCUAGUGGGACCUACUAACAUGGGUCAACCUAAACUGAUGGUGUAAGAAAUUUAUAUAAUGUCUAUAUUCUAUA